AUGGCUGUCUUUCCAUUGAAACGACAAAAGGAUGAACCGAUCGAGGUCAAAACGGAAGCUGUGGAUCCUUUGUCUUCCAAAAAACCAGACGUGACAGAAACUGCGAUGGAUGAGGAGAAUCUUAAGUUGCAAGGGGAAACUGCUGCUAUUGAACAAGAGACCGAAGAAAACCCCGAAAUCGCUGCUUUACCUCUGUCUGUUCGUCAACUGAUCAACUUGGAAGAUGAUCCCACCCUUCCCACCAUUACCUUCCGAUACUUCGUACUGUCGGUCGUCUUUGUGGUUCCCGGGGCAUUUUUGUCCCAAAUGAGUUACUUCCGAACUACACAAGCCCCAUACUCUGUCUUCUUCGUCCAAAUUGCGUGUCAUUAUGCCGGCCACUUCCUUGCUCGUGUCCUCCCGGCUUGGAAUAUUGGCAUACCCGGCACGCGCUUCUCUUUCAAUUUGAACCCGGCGCCGUGGAGUAUCAAAGAGCAUGUGUUAGUCACACUAACUGCCGCAUCAGGUGCGACGUACAAUCUCGGUUAUGUUCCAAUCGUGCUCGCAGAGCUGUGGUAUGGGGAACGGAUCAAUCCAGCUGUUGCGAUCUUCUUCAUGCUUGCUAUCGUCUGGACUGGGUACUCGUUUGCUGCCCUCGCACGGCAAAUUCUCCUCCCUGACCCCGAUUAUAUCUGGCCCAAAGCCCUGAUGCAGACGACCCUGUUUGAAACAUUUCGGAAGCAAGAUAACUCAUCGGCUCUAGCUCGCCGACAGAUGAAAGUUUUCUUCUUUGCCCUUUUGGGCAUGACCCUGUGGCAAUUUCUCCCGGAAUAUGUCUUCCCCUUCACUUCAUCCCUCGCUUUCCUCUGCUGGGUGGCACCUCACAACCCAGUGGCCAAUUUCAUUGGCUCGGGAAUUGGUGGCAUGGGUUUCCUCAAUCUCUCGUUGGAUUGGUCCAAUGUCAACUGGAAUGGAUCCUCCAUCAUGCUCACUCCUUUCUGGACACAGGUCAUUUUGUUUUUAGCCUUUGCCUUCAACUGUUGGGUACUACUUCCUGCAGCGAAGUGGGGAAACCUGGGGUCCUAUAAACAUGGUCUCAUGUCAAACAGCCUCAUGCAGGCCAAUGGUACCACAUAUCCAACCCUUGAAGUGCUCACCUCGAAUUAUAACCUCAAUGAGACUGUUUACCAGGAGUAUGGGCCGAUGUACAUGGGUCUGCAGAAUGUGUGGGCAACUUUCUUUGACUAUGCCAAACUCCCAGCAGCUGUAACCUGGAUCUUGACGUUUGGAUUUGUCCAGGUUUCUGGCAAUCUACGAAAGAUUUUUGGAUCAAACAAGUCAGAGAAUCCAGAAAAGUCGUCAAAAAACAAAGGCAUCCACUACCAGUACCAUGAUCGCCUCAACGUUAUCCAGAGAAAGUACAAAGAGAUUCCAUGGUGGUGGUAUGGUACCUUGUUCUUGGUGUCCUUUGUCAUUCUUAUCACCAGCAUUGCAUGUGGAUAUCUCUUCAUUCCCAUUUGGACUCUUUUUGUGGCACUUUCAAGUGCUGCUAUCCUGGUGGUUCCAUUUGCAUGGCUCUACGCCAUUUCCAACUAUCAACUUGAGACCGGUUCCUUCAACGAACUGAUGUACGGAUAUAUGGUUCACACAAAAGCCGGCAAUUCCCACCACCAUCCUUGUGGCCCUUCUGUGUAUGGAUCAAUCGCGGGUGAUGCCUGGUAUCGAGCACAAUAUAUGCUUCAGGACCAGAAGAUCGGUCAUUAUAUGCAUAUCCCACCUCGCGCAGUGUUCUUCUCUCAAAUCUUUGGAACCUGCAUGGGUGUUCCAAUAAACUACCUUGUCAUCCGCUGGAUCAUGGAUACCAAGGGCGAUUAUCUGACUGGCAAGAAAGCCGACCCACUGAACCAGUGGACGGGUCAGUCUCUGCGGAGCUCGAACACAAUGGGAGUUCAGUAUGCUGUGCUUGGCCCAAAAAGGCUAUUUGGCGAGUCAGAAAUGGCAGCACUUCCUUGGUCAUUCCUGGUUGGAGCUGUGAUCCCUCCGAUUCUCUACUGUUUCCAUCGAUUCUUCCCACGUCUGCGCAUUGACCUGUGGAACGUGAGCAUCUUCUUCGGAGGUCUGGCCAUGUUUUAUGGAAAUAUCAGCACUGGGUAUACCUCUGCCAUCAUUGGUGGCUACAUUGUGAUGUAUCGUGCCUACCGCCAUCACUUUGAGGUCUGGAAGCGCUAUAAUUACUUGAUUGCUGCGGCCUUUGAUGCUGGAUUUAACCUCAACAUGUUGCUUAUUUUCUUCUUCUUUGGAGCAGGCAAGCAGAUCUCGAUGCCAGCAUGGUGGGGAAACAAUAGCACCUCCGUAGAACGCUGCUUUGCUCUAGAUAGCUGA